AUAAAGAGGGUACCAAGUUUCUCAUUUCACUUCACUCAAGCAUUUCGUUGGUACCUACCAAGCAAAAAUGAUGAAGAAAGUGUCUGCAAUUCUGCUACUUUUCAUUGUUUACUCAGCAACAGCUGCUGAUGAUGCCGCACCAGCACCACCUUCCGAUGGAGGAUCACCCAAUAAACCAUCGUUUCCUUCAUUUCCUCGACGAUCAUUCCCAUGGAUUGGCCAUGGCCGUGCAUUUCCACCACUGCCUGCUGGCUUCCCACACCCAAAACUUCCUCCCACAGAUUCCAAUUCUCAAAAAUGCUUACAAGAUUUCCAUGUCGAACAAGGCUGUGUGAACCAGAUUCUGCACUCUUAUGCUUCCCAUAACAUCAAUCUCGACGCCAGUUGCUGCAGCGUUGUUGAUGCCAUUAAGCAGGACUGCGUGUCACCUAUUUUUGCUCAUUUUAGCAACCCAUUUUUCGGCGGUCUUUUGAAGCAACAUUGCUCUAGUCCUCCAACUCCAUCCACACCAUCAGCUCCAGCUCCAGCAACUCCAUCAGCAUGAUCUUAGUCAUUAUUUGAGUGAUUAGAGAAUGAUUAUCAACAUCAUUAUCAUAAUUAGUCCUUAGAUUAGGUUUUUAGAUAGGAUAAAUAUGUUCUCUUAGUAGAGAGUACUGCCAUAUAGGCAGAAAUCAAAAAAACAUUCCUCUCAGAUGAAUAAAAGAAUACCUUUGCACUUA